AGUUCAGGCCAGACUAAUAAGUAAGAGAAUGAAAGAGUUAAUCGCUAAUGGCUAGAAUUACUUGCCAAUGGGAUACUUGACCAUUUCUGUAUGCUUAAAUGCUUAUGUAGCUUUAAAACUACUGACAGAGGAAAUAUACUGCUGACUCGUGUAGCUGAAAACUGAACUACUGCUGGUGCUUUGUAUGGGGGUAACUAAUAACUGAAAUACUGCACACUCAUGUCGAUGUGAGCGAGACUCAUGUAGAUGUGAGUGAGCAAAACUUGCAAUCCUUGGAAUAACCACAGAAGAGAAUAUGCCUGGAAUAACCUAAUAAACAGAACGGCAGCUGACCGAACUAACCUCCUCUCUGUCGCCUAAAGCCUAGGGCUGCCUUACCAUGCCUGCCAUGUUCAUGCUGAGGGACGAGAUGCCAAUUCUGAUCGGAUCUGCCGUCAUCCUCGUGGGUGGCUAUGCCUUGCAUCGUCUGUGGAGACAACACCGAAUGCUGAAAGAAACCGAAUCGUCGAGGGAAAGUACAUACGAGACACAGCGAGCCCUGAAUGAGUAUCUCCACUUCCACUAUGGUGAGCCACAGGCACAAUACCUGUGCAUCGCCAACACUGCCGCAGUCCAGAACUUCCCACGGAGGUGUGCUGAGGAAUGCAUCAAACACUUCACCCAGCAGAAUGGUGUUCCCAGCAGAGCCCUGGACAUUGGUUGUGCUGUGGGGAGGGCUUCAUUUGAGCUGGCCCGGAUUUUUCAAGAGGUGGUGGGCAUCGACUUCAGCCUCUCAUUUGUGAAUGCUUGCAACCAACUGAAGGAACAAGGCCAGCUCCCUUAUACUGCCACCAUAGAGGGAAACUUGACCAUCCAACAUGAUGCUGUGGUGCCACAGGACAUUGAACGGAACCGAUGUAUUUUCAAGCAAGGGGAUGCUUGUAAUCUACCUACGGAUCUAGGAACCUUUGACUGCAUCCUUGCAGGGAAUCUGAUCUGUCGCCUACGUGACCCUUUUGCAUUCUUGCACAGACUUCCGGGACUGGUGGCCCCUGGUGGAAUCCUUGUCAUUACAUCACCUUACACCUGGCUGGAACAGUUUACAGCCAAGUCACUCUGGCUAGGUGGAUACAAGGAUGGCUCUGGCAAGGAAGUGAGAGGAUUUGAUACGAUGAAGAAACUUUUCUCCCCAUAUUUUGAGCUUGUGGCUGAGAGGAAUGAGCCCCUCCUGAUCCAGGAGACAGCACGGAAGUCCCAAUGGACAGUGGCUCACGUGACGAUAUGGAGAAGGGAAACCUGAAAAGAAUCAGUAGUGGCCUUUGAGAGUUUGCUUUAAAAAUAGCCAGCUUAAACAAACUAAAUUGCUUUCAAUUUAGGGAAGUAAAAUUAGCUAAGAAGUAACAUCAAUAUGCAGGUGCUAUCAUGUUAAAAAAAUAUUUGGACUGGUACAUGGAUAAGAUAGGUUUAGAGCGAUAUGGGUCAAAUGCAAGCAGAUGGAACUGGUUUAGAUGGGACUCAUUGAUCGGCCUGGGCAGGAUGGGCCGAAGGGCCUGUUUCCACGCUGUAUAACUAUGAUUCUAGGACUUAGUUAGAACAAUGAAAAAAAUAAUAUUGUCUUGGUUGUCUAUUGUCCCGUUUUCCGAGACACAGUGAAAUAACUCAUUGAAAAACACUGUUUUGCAUACUAUCCCGAUAAAUCAUACCAUGCGGAAGUACAAUCAAGACAUGGGCAAGUACAGUAGGUAGUCCAAAAAGAGAAACAGUGCAAAAUAUAUUGUUACAGUUACAGAGAAAGUGCUGAUUUUAAAAAGUGCAAAGGCCCCAAUAACACAGGCUGGGAGAUUGUGAAUACAUGCUUAGUUUAUGAAAGUACCAUUCAAGAACCUGAUAAGUAUCGGAAGAAGCUCUGUCUUGAUUCUGCUGGUACAUGCUUUCAAAUUUUGGAAUAUUUUGCCCAACGGGAAAGAGGAGAAGAGGGUUUGACGAGGGUGUAAGCGGUCCUUGAUUGUGUCAGCUGCUCUCCAGAGGUAACGUGAAGUGUAGAUAGAGUUGAUUGGGAGUGUGUGGGGGGGAGGGGGGUGUAUAGUGUGGCUUGUUUGCUUGAUGCACUGGACUCAAUCCACAGCUAAUUUUUUGCAGUCUUGAGCAGAACAAUUGCCAAACCAUGUUGUGAUGGAUUGCAAUAGUAUUUCAAUCAGUCCAGUGAUUUCAAUAGUAUUUCAAUCAGUCCAAGAAACCUAGUGAAUGACUUGGUCCAGAUUCAAUUGUAAAUGGCAGUGUUACAGAGUUAAGUUCUGUAAUUUUUUGAGAGCAUAAAACAUUACAGCAUAGGAACAGGCCCUUCAGCCCACCAUGUCUGUUGGGACAUGAUGCCAAUUUAAGUCCCAUUUGUCUGCACAUGGUCUAAAUCUCUCAAUUUCCUGUCUGUUUGUGCUUGUCUAAAUGUUUCUUAGAUGUUAUUAUCGUCUGCUUCCACCACCUACCUUGCCUAUGCAGUCCAGGUACCUACCAUUCUGUGUUUUAAAAAAAGGUACAUGCCUUGCAAACUUGUCUAUUUUGAAUGAUGGAGUGAUAUUCUAGAAUCUGCUAACACGACGGAUUUAAUUGUUGAACAUUGAGAAUCACCAUUGGCAACAGGGCACAUUCAGUUCAUGAACAAGGAUUAAAUCGGUAAAUGUUUUACUAAACCUCUCCUUCAAAGUAACUAUUAAAUGGGAAAUAAAGAUUA